UACUAACUUUCGAGAUACGACAUCGUUUUCAAGGAAUGGAAUCAAUCUCCUCCUCAAAUUCAAUGGUGGAUAUUUCUCACUCAAUAAUACAACAGUAGCAGCAGCAGCAUCAGUGUUCUCUGAAAAAAGAUUUAUAUUGUGUCUGUGAUCCUUGUAACUAUGUCGAAUGAAGAGAAAACCCUAGUCGAAAUCUCGGAGGAGAAUAACGCUAUUGAUCUUGCGAAUGACAAUAAAACUCUAGUCGAAAUCUUGGAGGAGAAUAACCCUAUUGAUCCUGCAAAAUACAUAAGCUAUGUCAGUGCUCCACAGGCCGGUGGUAUCGCAACGUUUUCGGGGACAACUCGUGAUACUUUCAAAGUGAACGAAGGUCAUAGUGGAAUUAGGGUGAAAGUGAGCGAAGCAGGUCGAAGGAUUAGUAGCACUCACGACGGAAUUAGAAUGAGCGGAGGAAGCCGAAAGACUAGCACUCGGAGUGGAGGAAUUACGAUCAAGGUGAGCGAAGUAAGUUAAAAGAUUAGCACUCAGGCUAUAAGCAGUAUGAAAUGAAAGGGGCUUAUGACAUUGUACUAGUCAAAUAAUUCCCUGUAUCUUUUGUAAAGUUCCCUCAUUGUGUAAUAAAUAAUUGGCCAGUGUCCAAGUGUAAUUUGAAUUAAAAGUUUAAAUGUUGCUUGAUGAAA